UCCCGCGCCGAAACAGGAAGUGACGACCCUCCUGGCGCGCGCCGGGCGCUGUUUCUUCUCAGGCUCCGGGAUCGGCGGCGGCGGCGGCGGCGGCGGCGGUGUUUUAAGUCAAAUGGGUGAUGAAAAGGACUCUUGGAAAGUGAAAACUUUAGAUGAAAUUCUUCAGGAAAAGAAACGACGGAAAGAACAAGAGGAAAAAGCAGAGAUAAAACGCUUAAAAAAUUCUGAUGACCGGGAUUCCAAGCGGGAUUCCCUUGAGGAGGGGGAGCUGAGGGACCACCGCAUGGAGAUAACAAUCAGGAACUCGCCGUACAGAAGAGAGGACUCCAUGGAAGACAGAGGAGAGGAAGACGAUUCCUUGGCCAUCAAACCGCCCCAACAAAUGUCUCGGAAAGAAAAGGCUCAUCACAGGAAAGAUGAAAAGAGAAAAGAGAAGCGUAGGCAUCGCAGUCAUUCAGCCGAAGGGGGGAAGCACGCCCGAGUGAAGGAGAAGGAGAGGGAGCACGAGCGGCGGAAGCGCCACCGGGAGGAGCAGGACAAAGCCCGCCGGGAGUGGGAGAGACAGAAGCGCAGGGAGAUGGCCCGGGAGCACUCGCGGCGGGAGAGGGACCGCCUGGAGCAGCUGGAAAGGAAGCGGGAGCGCGAACGCAAGAUGCGCGAGCAGCAGAAGGAGCAGCGGGAGCAGAAGGAGCGCGAGCGGCGGGCCGAGGAGCGGCGCAAGGAGCGGGAGGCGCGGCGGGAAGUAUCUGCACAUCACCGGACCGUGAGGGAGGACUACGGCGACAAGGUCAAAGCCAGCCACUGGAGUCGGAGCCCGCUUCGGCCACCUCGAGAGCGGUUCGAGCUGGGAGAUGGCCGGAAGCCAGUAAAAGAGGAGAAGGUGGAGGAGAGAGACCUGCUCUCCGACCUGCAGGACGUCAGCGACAGCGAGCGGAAGACCAGCUCAGCCGAAUCCUCCUCGGCGGAGUCUGGGUCCGGCUCGGAGGAGGAGGAGGAGGAGGAGGAGGAGGAGGGGAGCAGCAGUGACGAGUCUGAGGAGGAGGAGGAGGAGGAGGAGGAGGAGGAGGAGGAGACAGGCAGCAACUCGGAGGACGCGUCCGGACAGUCAGCGGAAGAAGUGAGCGAGGAGGACGUGAGCGAAGAGGAGGAGCGAGAGGAUGACAACCACGUCCUGGUCGUUCCAGAGUCACGGUUUGACCGGGAUUCCGGAGAGAGUGAAGAGGGGGAGGAGGAGGCAGGCGAGGGCACCCCCCAGAGCAGCGCCCUCACCGAAGGAGACUUCGUGCCCGACUCCCCGGCCCUGUCGCCCAUCGAGCUCAAGCAGGAGCUGCCCAAAUACCUGCCCGCCCUGCAGGGCUGCCGGAGCGUGGAGGAGUUCCAGUGCCUGAACAGGAUCGAGGAGGGUACCUACGGGGUGGUGUACAGAGCGAAGGACAAGAAGACAGACGAGAUCGUGGCUCUGAAGCGGCUGAAGAUGGAGAAGGAGAAGGAGGGCUUCCCCAUCACGUCGCUGAGGGAGAUCAACACCAUCCUCAAGGCGCAGCACCCCAACAUCGUCACCGUCAGGGAGAUCGUGGUGGGCAGCAACAUGGACAAGAUCUACAUCGUGAUGAACUACGUGGAGCACGACCUCAAGAGCCUCAUGGAGACCAUGAAGCAGCCCUUCCUGCCAGGGGAGGUGAAGACCCUGAUGAUCCAGCUGCUGCGUGGCGUGAAGCACCUGCACGACAACUGGAUCCUGCACCGAGACCUCAAGACAUCCAACCUGCUGCUGAGCCACGCAGGCAUCCUCAAGGUGGGGGACUUUGGGCUGGCACGGGAAUACGGGUCCCCCCUGAAGGCCUACACCCCGGUCGUGGUGACCCUGUGGUACCGCGCCCCGGAGCUGCUGCUCGGGGCCAAGGAGUACUCCACGGCCGUGGACAUGUGGUCGGUGGGCUGCAUCUUCGGGGAGCUGCUCACCCAGAAGCCGCUGUUCCCGGGCAAGUCGGACAUCGACCAGAUCAACAAAGUGUUCAAGGACCUGGGCACCCCCAGCGAGAAGAUCUGGCCGGGGUACAAUGACCUCCCCGCGGUCAAGAAGAUGACCUUCACCGAGUACCCUUAUAACAACCUCCGCAAGCGCUUCGGGGCUCUGCUCUCGGACCAGGGCUUCGACCUCAUGAACAAGUUCCUGACCUACUUCCCCGGGCGGAGGGUUAGUGCCGAGGACGGCCUGAAGCACGAGUAUUUCCGCGAGACGCCCCUCCCCAUCGACCCCUCCAUGUUCCCCACGUGGCCCGCCAAGAGCGAGCAGCAGAGGGUGAAGCGAGGCACCAGCCCGCGACCCCCCGAGGGAGGCCUGGGCUACAGCCAGCUGGGCGACGACGACCUGAAGGAGACGGGUUUCCACCUCACCACCACCAACCAGGGCGCCUCGGCCGCAGGCCCGGGCUUCAGCCUCAAGUUCUGAGGUUCGGCCCGCCCGGAGCCCGCCCUGGAGCUGUCGACCUUGGGGGCUUGGGGGCUCCUGGGUCUGGACCCAGGUCCCACUCUGGAGAGGCGCGGCGGCCGGGGACCCACCUCCAGUCUCGGACUGCUAGUCUUGGGGAGUUUUCCACGUUUUGGUUUUAUUUUAUCUUGUAUAUUUGUAGAAUUAAAUCACAUUUUCCUUGUCGGGGGAGGUCAGCUGUA